AUGGAUGUUGAUAUAGGAGAAAUCGUAACGAACUUCAAAAAAGCAUAUCCCAAUGAUGACUUCUUGGUUCAGAAGCAUAAACCAUGUACAAGCGCCGGUCGGUAUCAUGGAGAUACAUUAUUGGAUGUUAAAUUAGAAGUCGGCGAGUGUCUGACAAUCUACAAAUUGGAGAAGUCUUCUGGCUCUGCUAGUAUCAAUUCUGAUGAAUUGAAAUCGAAAGCAUUUCCAUUUGUCUACGAUACGAAAAGCGAAACGGAUAUAGAAAAAAGACACGAUCUCAUUCGUACGAGCUUAAAGAAUUUGCUCCCAAACUAUCGUGUUCAUACAUUCAUCUUUACAGAAAACUGCGUUCAUGCAGGUUACUACAAAGCAUGUGCAAGUUUCAAGAAGGAAUACGGAUCAGACUUUAUUGUUUUCUUAACUUAA